AUGUACUCGCACAUGACCGGCAAAAGUGGCAAAAGCAGAGGAAAGGCUUGGAAGAGACAGGUUCAGGCAAAUGCAGAGCCAAAUACAGUCGGAGUCUUUUUGGGAGAUGUGAAAUAUUUCGUCGAGGAUGUUCUCAAGAUGUCCCUUCUAACAGGUGUGCAGCACCUCUUGGAGAUAGCUCUUGAUCCAGCGCUGGAGCCUGGAACAAUCCUAAAUGGAAGGCAGCAGCCGUCGAAAGGCUUGGAUGCCGGUGCCGAGAAGUUCUUGAAGCUAUUGCGGCCAUGCCCCUUUGUUUUCGUGGCGAGAUCGGAGUCCGUUGGGGAUCACCGUGAGAUGCUUCGCCUUUUCAGACAUCUGGAAAGCCUCACAUUCCAUGCUGCAUGCAGCAUCGAAGUCUUUGAAUUUGCUGGUCCGGAACCAUGGGAGGCAUGGCCAUAUGUGUUCUCGCAUGUCAUUCCUGCAUAUAUUCAACACCUUGAUCGUGCGUGGUUUCCACCACCAGACCAAUGUGUAUUGAGCGCCUUUAACCCACGGAGGCCGCCUACAUCUUCUUUGUUCUGUCCGGUCCAAAGCGUCAGAGUGGUGCCUGUCCGGAGCUGCAGCAGUGGCACCUACAUCUUCCUCGUGAGGCCUCCGGAUUGCCAUGGACAUGGCAUUUGGACCACCGUUGGGGGAGGCGUGAAACGAGGCCGCGGCGGCGAUCGAGAUCUCCAACAUGCCUCGCAGCGAGAGUGGGACGAGGAGGUGUUGGCAUGGCCUUCGCCAACUGCUUGGGAGCCUGGUGUGAAAGCAUUGCAGUGGGUGGUUUGGAAAGCCAACUCGUGCUCCUGGGAAAACUGGAGCAAUUGUAAGCCGCCGGAAGCUAGCGAGCGCAGUGAUGGGUGGACUUCCACCGUUUGGCAGUUUGUUUUGGCUUCGACAUCCUUUCUCGUAGAAACGCUUGCACAAGGAGGAUCUUGCAAAGUUGUCCCGGAUGAUUUCGAAGUGGUGAGAAAGGGUGACCCUCAAGAGCAUCUCGUCCGACAUCACACCGAAGGCUUGCCUUAUGUGGAGUUAGAAGAUGGAGCAUGGUUCCGGCUAGAUCUGGAAACAGGCUCUUUACAUGCUCCUUUCGCAGGGGCGGAUGUGCGUGGGGACCUCGGGCAUGAUUUAUUGAAGUCCAAGGAGUCCCAGGCACUCCAGGAGCAGCUCAGAAGUAAGCUCUCCGAAUGGGAAGCAGGGAAUCCGGAGGGAGGCCUUGCAUUGCAAUGCCCAUAUCUUGCCUGUAUCAGUCCGGAGGGCAUGCGCAACAAGCUGCAGAUAUACAGGGGCAACUUUGAGAGCCUUGGGCUAUCAUCGGAACAAAGCACAGCGCGCUUGAUCCGGUGUGUCAACACUGGCCUUGAAGCUGAUGCGUACCACCAGUUCUAUGCAGAAGAAAUACAAGCACUGCUGGAACAUCGUGCAGAUCCAACAGUGACAGUGGGCCUUUCAAGCCAAGCAACAUCGGUGUUAGAUGCCGUUCUGCAGAACAACAACUUGCGACCAUCCGUGAAGGAGCGGCUCUUUCUUCAAAAAGUGCCUCGGAGCAAAGAGGUGGAGAACUACUUGAUCUACCAUCAGUGGAAGGGUCAGAGGAUCAUCUGUGCAUCCUGCCACUGCGAGAAAGAUGGCACUGACCAGGGACUCGUCUCCAACCAUGCCUACUCUGUGCUAGGCUGGGAGAGAGAGGGUAAGUGCGUUUGCAACGCGCCACAUAAAGCCGUAUCGGUACGAUCGACGAAGUAUGCCGACGACUUCAAAUUCAGCUGGGAACACUAUGAACAGCUACAGUGCCGAGAUUUGUUUGCGGGGCCAAAAAAGGACAAGAACGCAUUUACCUGGUCUUGGAUGCUGAACAAGCGCUACAAGAGCACGGCUGCGCUUGCGGAUGUAGACUGGGACGAGGCGGCGGAGAAGAAUGUCAAGCGAACCGGCGUUGAUCCCGUGGGGGACGGCUCCUUCUACAUGAAAGACUUCUGGCACCACUACCGUGCCAUCCAGAUCUGCAGCUACCCAGCGAGCAGCAUCGAAGCAUCCAAGACCACUCUGGCGGCGCUCAGGCCGGAUGAUAACCUGGCAACCCGAGAUGCUGGAAGCAUUGACAAGGUAUUUGGCGGCAAGUCCCUAGAUGCGCAUCCCGGUGAGGAAGGCACCGGGAAGUUCUACCAGCUGGACGGAGAUGCCUCCAGCGACGCAGUACCCGCUGGCUUUGGACCACGAGGGGCCGUGGUCGGCGGAUGGUCCGAGGACGAGCUGGAGUUCGUAGUCGCUCCACUUCUGGAGGACGCUCUUGCCGACAAUAGUGGCGCUGGCGAAGCGCAAGUUCCAGUGCGCGUCCUUGGAAAGGCAGACAUGGAGCGCACCUUGGAAGAGGUGUUGUCAACGCUUCACGAGAUGGAUGCUGUCCUUCCUGAGCUGGGGGAUGAAUUGCAAUUGGAAAAUCCGGUGGUGCUUUUCAGUGGUUGGGAACCUCAGCGCAUGAUCAACGCCGUGAG